AUGCCUGGCCCCCUGGAUCCAGCUGGAGAGAAGACUCAGAGCAUUAUCAAGGGCUGUGCAACAUCCAGCCAAUGCAACUCCAGCCCCUUCCCUAUGAACUUUGGGAUGGGAAAGACAAGGAGGACGAGCUUCACCUGCUGCCAGGGGACGCCUGCACCUGCCCCAAUGCCCCCGGCUGACCCCAAACCCAACAGCCGGCGCUGCCGCGGCUGCUACUUUCUGUCCUCUGAGCAAUGCCGCGAAGAGACCAUACAGUGCACUGGAUCCGAGACCCGGUGUGUCGAGAUCGCCGGGACCCUAAAAUCAGGUGGAACUGCCAGUAAGACCGUCAUGAAGGGCUGUGCUACUGAAUCCGUCUGGGCCCAGAUAGAAGCAGGGUCUGUGACCUUCGCAGGGUUCAGUGGAGACCUAACUAUGGCCAAAUGCACAGCGGCCACCAGCGCGGCCAGCACAGCUCUGGGACCAGCCGGGCUCCUCCCUGGCCUCGCUGGGCUCCACCUGCUGAUGCUUCUCUCCUGA